AUUAAUCAGAAUUUGGAUACUCUACUGACUUUGCAGUCAAAAACUACAAAUGUUAACUUUAUAAACAUCAUCAUCAAGUAUUGAUGUAGAAGAAGAAAAAGGAUGUAUUCAGUAAUGUGUGUGGAAAGUUAUUUGUAACAGUAGUUCUCAUUUCCUCUCAAUGUUUUAUUUGUUGCACUCAAGCAUAUAUGCUUGAUAUAUAAACAAGUACAACAAAUAGUGUGACUCUAAUAAUACUAUGUAGAUUUUUUCUGCUAAAUGCAUUGAAGACAUCAGUACUCAACAAUGUGUCUUUAAAGAAUAAAAAAAACACAACUUUUUAAAUGUAUUUUAAAUUUUUGGUAAUAAAAACGUUUUUGGUUGUGUUUAUGUGUUUCCCUUUAAUUUCCAUAUUGACUCAUUUGUAAGUUACUAUGAAAAAACAUGCUUACAUGUAAAUGUCAAUGUAAAUGUGUGUUGUGUCCGGUGAAAUCCCUUUUGAGGCAAUGUCAGAGAUAGGUGUGUAUAGUAUGGCCACAAUAAUAAUGUUUGAUUUAUAAUGGUUUCUGUAUUUCAUCUUUCUGUCCAUCACUACCAAUCUGAAAAAAUAUCUGUCUGUAUUCUAAUAAAAUAAUAUAUAAUCCAGUGGUUGUAAAUUCACAAAGACCAGAAAACAACUACCCUACUACUGCAGGGCAAAAGGAAGGUGGGUGUGACUAGGAAGGAAUGAGCCAGAGGAAGAGAGCGAGGAAGGGGGCAGGCUACAGUAUGCAUCACUCUGGUGGACUGGAAGCACAGACUGCAGAUCUGUUUUCCCAGCACUUCACACAGAGCAGAAGAAACACAUCAGAUCUCACUGUUUCUCUCUAGAGCUCUGUGUGGUCUCUUUAUUUAUCAGAUGACCUUCAGUCUGAAACAUUGAAAGCAUUGUAGAAAAUGGAGUCAUCCCAAAAUGGUUGUGAUGAGAGUCAUAAAAAUGUCCUUGAGACCAUGAAGGCAGGGAUGUUACUGCGAAAAGUCAAGUCUCGUAUGUGGAAGCGUCAGCGUCACUAUAAACUUCAGGAGGACUGCAAGACUAUCACAUAUAAAUCCAGCUGGGCAAUAAACUCUUAUUCUACCUUCUCCAUCAGUGAUGUAGAGGUGGUCCGGGACGGCCAUCAGUCAGAGACCCUGCUUAGCGUGGCAGAUGAGUUUCCCGCUGAUCGCUGCUUCACUGUGGUUUUCCGUGGACGCAAGGGAAACCUGGACCUGGUGGCUGAGUCAGCAGAAGAAGCUCAGGCCUGGAUUCAGGGCAUCCGAACCCUCAUGGAGAACAUGGAGAACAUGGAUGAGGGCACCAAACAAGACCAAUGGAUCUCAGAUUGGUUUUUAAAGGCAGACAGAAACAAAGAUGGCAGAAUGAACUUUAAGGAAGCAAAAAAACUGCUGAAAAUGAUGAACAUCGACAUGAAUGAAGAACACGCAAGCUAUCUUUUUAAGAAAGCAGAUAAAUCUCAGUCGGACACUUUGGAGAAUGAGGAGUUUGUGGAGUUUUACAAGAUGCUGACGGAAAGGAAAGAGGUGCUGGAGCUGUUUCAGGAGUAUUCCAGUGAUGGACAGAAUCUCUCCCAGUGUGAUUUGGAGGAGUUCCUCAGGGAGGAGCAGCUGGAGGGGGAGAGCAGUUACGAACAUGCACUACAGCUCAUUGAUCAGUAUGAGCCUUCAGACACAGCCAAAAUGAAUCACUGUAUGUCAAUCGAUGGAUUCUUAAAGUACCUGGCGUCUCCUGAGGGCUCCAUCUUCAAUCCAGAGCAUCAAGACAUCUUUCAAGACAUGAGCCAGCCUCUCGUCCACUAUUUCAUCAACUCCUCCCACAACACGUACCUGAUGGAAGAUCAACUAAAAGGGCCCAGCAGUGUCGAGGCCUACAUUAAGGCCCUCAUAAGAGGAUGCAGGUGUGUAGAGGUGGACUGCUGGAAUGGAUCAAAUGGAGAGCCCAUAGUUUAUCAUGGACACACAUUCACAUCUAAGAUUCUUCUUAAAGAUGUAAUAGCUGCUAUUGCACAAUAUGCCUUCAAGGUGUCUGAGUAUCCGCUCAUAAUAUCCAUAGAAAACCAUUGCAGCAUAGAGCAGCAGGAAGUAAUGGCUCGACAUUUCAGAGAGAUCCUGGGUGAUAUGUUAAUGACGACCACAGAAGAUGCCAGAGACUCCAGUGAACUUCCUUCCCCAAAGGCACUUAAAAAUAAAAUCUUGCUGAAAGGAAAGAAGAUUGAGUCGGAAAACCUCACAGGUGAAGUAAGUGAUGAGGACGAAGCUGCAGAAAUGAACAAGGACAAUGCAGCAUCAGAGAGCCCACCAACAAAUGGAAAGGAAGUGAAGCAAAAACUGUGCAAGGAGCUCUCAGACCUUGUGUUCUGUAAGAGCGUACAUUUCCAAGGCUUUGAACAUACACUUAACUCUUCCAAGCCUUACGAUAUGUCAUCAUUCUCAGAGUCUAAAGUCCGUAAAUAUUCCAAGGAAUCAGGCCCAGAUUUUGUGCUACAUAACACCAGGCAGUUGAGCAGAAUAUAUCCAAGUGGAAUUAGGACAGAUUCAUCAAAUUAUUGUCCACAGGACAUGUGGAACAUAGGGUGCCAGAUUGUGGCAUUAAACUUCCAGACAGCAGGAUUGGAAAUGGAUCUUAAUGAUGGUCUAUUCAGUCAGAAUAGCCACUGCGGCUAUGUCCUAAAACCUGAGAUCCUGCGCAACAGAGAGAAAUGCUUUGAUCCAGAUAACCCGCUUGAACGGGACAAUUAUCACCCUUUACAGUUUUAUAUUAAAGUUAUUAGUGCCCAACAGCUCCCUAAAUUAAGUAAAAAAGAUUGGUGCAUUGUAGACCCUUUUGUACGGGUGGAAAUUUAUGGCGUUCCUUUGGACCAAACCAAACAGGAGACCAAAUACAUUGAGAACAAUGGAUUUAAUCCAUGUUGGAACGAAACUCUGCAGUUCACAAUCCACACCCCUGAGCUGGCACUGGUUCGUUUUGUAGUUGAAGACUAUGAUAAAGCAUCAAGGAAUGAUUUCAUAGGACAAUACACUCUUCCUUUCACCUCUAUUCAACCAGGGUAUCGUCAUGUGCAUCUGCUGUCAAAAGACGGAACGAGUCUUUCUCCAUCUUCCCUGUUUGUUCAUAUUACAAUCACAGAGCUUCAAACUACAGGAGUUUGACCUAAAUACUGUAACAAGUCAAGACAAUCCCAACAGCAAACCAGUCUGUAGUCGUAGUUUUAGUACAGGAAAAAUUGGCUGUAAAUUAUAUAAAGAAAGAAACGAAAAGAAAAGUCUUUCAAACAUGCACUAAAAAGGAAAGCAGUUUAGUCAGUAUAGUAUUUGCUUGGUUUUAAAGGUGGGGUGCAUGAUUUUUGAGAAAUGCAAAAAAUUCGGGCCGAGUACCAAAUCACACUUGUAGCCAAUCAGCAGUAAGGGGCGUGUCUACUAACCGACAUUGUUGCCUGGGUUGCAGAUGUGAGGGGCGGGUCUAUCAAAAGAAGGUCCAGAUUCUAUUGGGGUGGGGGUGUGUUUGUUUAGGUGAUUUCAAAUGUCAAUAUUAGGUGUGUUCGACAUCGGCUGGAUGUAACCGAUCGACGAGAUUAGGAGCUAAAAACGGAGACGUGAAGUCGGACACGCUGUGGUUCCCGUAGUUUGCUGCAUUUACAUCAGGCUUCGCUGAUUACAUGGCGUUUGAUUGCUUUAUCGCAGUAAACAGGAUUUUUAAGAUGUAAACAACAUAAAACGUGAAUUAUACUGUUUUGAAUGGGACAGAAGAGGCUGUUUUUACAAGAAUAAAGUUCAAACUACAUUUUUUAUCCAUUUUAUUUUGAUGAAGAUGACACAAUAUAACAUCGCAGCUACAUCAAAAGCACACGAAACACACGUGAUUGUUGUCAUGCAGUGAAUCCGACCAAUCGUGAUACAGCCUGUGCAGCUCCUCUUGGCGAACUGCGCUGGCUAACUCAAUCGGCUGAUCUCAAAUCGCUCUCGCGGUUCUUUAAAACCAUAUGACACAGUCAUGUGCCUUCAGCGCCAGCUCAAGUCGGACAAAAUUACUUCAAGUCAGCCGCCGAACGGUCUGCGCAGCACCGCAUAAAGUCGAACACACCUAAUGGCUUUCAGAGAUUGUGCACCCCACCUUUAAUAGUGCCUUCUGUAAUCAUUCAUAAAAUGCUAAUUGUAACUAUAUAAAUGUAUAAUUUAUGCAAUAUAUAAAGUUUAUUAUUUUAUUAUAUAGAUACGGAAAAACUUGAAGAAAAAUCGAUUUAGUUUUUAUUAAAUGUUAUCAACAGUAGUCAGGGUAGAAAGUGGUUUAAAGGGGUAAUUCACCCAAAAAUAAAAAUUCUGUCAUUUCAUCACCCUCAUGUUGUUCUAAACCUGUGUGAGAUUAUUAAUUCUGUUGAACACAAAGAUAUUUUGAUAAAUGAUGGCAUUGACUUCAGUAAUAUUUGUUUUUCCUACUAUGGAGGUAAAUGGGUAAAGUCAACUGCAUAGUUAUCACCAUUUAUGAAAAUAGCUUUGUCUUCAACAGAAUUAUUCAAUAAUAUUUUAAUAAAUGAUGGUAAGCACACAGAUGACUAGUGUUGGGGAACGUUACUUUUAAAAGUAAUGCAUUACAAUAUUAAGUUACUCCCCAAAAAAGUAACUAAUUGCAUUACUUAGUUACUUUUCAUGGAGAGUAAUGCUUACGUUACUUUUAAGUUACUUUUUCUUACUUUUUUAUUAUCAGGCUUGAUCUCUUUCAGGCCUUGCAUGUGUCUUUUAUGAAGUUUUGCAUUCAGAAAUUGCAUAUUUUCAUCACAAAAAUGUCAAGCUCUGGCCUGCCAUUUCCAUUUCUGACUCAAACUGUUCCCGCUAAGGUGCACAUAGAUUGCGUAAUUCUGCGUGACUAUGAUUAAUUUAAUUCAGAACAUUCUUUUUUAUCGAAUUAAUUAAACUGAAAAGAAACUCACAUUACUUUUUUUAAAAAGUAACUUAAAUUAAUGUGUACAUUUAUAAAGUAACGCGUUACUUUACUCGUUACUUCAGAAAAGUAAUAUUAUUACGUAAUGCACAUUACUUGUAAUGUGUUACCCCCAACACUGCAGAUGACAGUACCUAUUGACUUCUAUAGUAUUUGUUUUUCCUACUAUGGAAGUCAAUGGGUACCAUUAACUGUGCAGCUAUGAUAGUUUAUCAAAAUAUCUUUUGUGUUCAACAGAAAAAAACUCAAAUAGGUUUAAAACAACAUUAGAGUCAGUAAAUUAUGACAGAAUUUUCAUUUUUGGGUGAACCGUCCUUUUAAGGUAAUGCAUAAUCUGAAUUAAUAUAAAUUAAGCAUGGUA